AUUCAACCCAUUUCGCUUGGCUCCCCGCCCACCACGUGUCCCCUCCCCGCCACGUCACCCCCCUCCUAACCUACCCGCCUUCUUCUACUUCUACCACGCGCGUAGUUUCCUCCCCUCCCCACCAUUGCCGCCGCGCCGCGCCACGCCACGCCACGCCGAGUUGCCGAGCUGAGCCAUGAUGGAGUUGCGCAAGUACUGGGGCGUCGGCGGGCGGCGGUGCGGUGCGUGCGAGGCGUCGCCGGCGGCCGUGCACUGCCGCGGCUGCGGCGGGGUGUACCUGUGCACGGCGUGCGACGCGCGCCCGGGCCACGCGCGGGCGGCGCACGAGCGGGUGUGGGUGUGCGAGGUCUGCGAGGUGGCGCCCGCCGCCGUCACCUGCAAGGCCGACGCCGCGGUGCUCUGCGCCGCCUGCGACGCCGACAUCCACGACGCCAACCCGCUGGCCCGCCGCCACGCGCGCGUCCCCGUCGCGCCCAUCGGCUCCGCCGCCGCCGCCGCCGUGGCCGCCGAGGCCAUGCUGUUCGGCGUCGCCGCCGCCGGGGCCGAGGCCGAGGCGGUGGAGGAUAAGGCCGCGGCCGAGCACCACCACCACCAGCAGCGGCAGCAGCACGGCGCGCUCAACCUCAACGUGGAGGCGAAGGACAUGAAGCUCGACUACCUCUUCUCCGACCUCGACCCUUACCUCAACGUCGAGUUCGCCCGCUUCCCCCACGCCGACAGCGUCGUCCCCAACGGCGCCGGCGCCGGCGCCGCCAUAGAGCUCGACUUCACCUGCGGCCUAGGCGUCGGCGUCGGCGGCGCCAAGCAGUCCUACAGCUCCUACACCGCCACCGACCUCGCUCACAGCGGCUCGUCGUCGGAGGUGGGCGUGGUGCCGGAGGCCAUGUGCGGCGGCGGCGGCGCCAUCGAUCUCGACUUCACGAGGCCGAAGCCUCAACCCUACAUGCCGUACACGGCGACUCCUCCUCCGAGCCACAGCGUAGUAAGCGCGCAGAUGUCGUCGUCGGUGGUCGACGUGGGCGUGGUGCCGGAGCGGGCGGCGGCGAUGGGGGAAGGGAGGGAGGCGAGGCUGAUGAGGUACAGGGAGAAGCGGAAGAACCGGCGGUUCGAGAAGACGAUCCGGUACGCGUCGCGCAAGGCCUACGCCGAGACGCGCCCCCGGAUCAAGGGCCGCUUCGCCAAGCGCGCCGACCACGACGCCGACGACGCCGACGCCGACGCCGACGACCCCGCCGCCGUCCCAUCCUCCUACAUGCUCGACUUCGGCUACGGCGUCGUCCCGUCCUUCUGAUCGCCGCCCGCCGCCGGCCACCGCCGCCGCGCCGUCGCUUGUAAUCUUGUAUCAAAUCGAUCGAUCGAUGUGUAGGGGCGUAGUAAUCCCAUGUAGUACUCAUUUUGAGCUAGCUCACGCUAGUUUUGUACACUACUACUGCUACUAAUUACGUGCUUACUACUUAGUGGUAAUUAUUUUUUUGAUCAGCAAGAUCAUCUAUAUUGUAUUAGCUCCCCCCAACGAAUAAAUCACAACUAUAUGGUAUUAUUCAUCAGCUAGGAAUUGUUGAUGGAAACAAAAUAAGGCAUGUUUGAUGGC